GUCUGAAUCACCCAACGGAACACAACAGCCACCUUCUCUCCAGCUCGGACCAUCCGCAGCUCUGCUCGGCGCACUGUGCUGACUCUGCAGAAGGAAAUCACCGGGGAAGUGGAGGAAGACGGGCUUCUUUGCGUUUUUUUCCCCCUCAAGGUAGGACAAGCAGUUUACAACCGAGCUACUGGCUGUCAGUGAUCCCCUCAGUGUGUGUUUGAUUUCUUUAGUUGACGGGUUUUUUUUGGAGAGGGAAAAGGAGAGGCGACAGAGUGUCGUGGUCGCGCGUUCUUCUCCGACGCGUAUCCAAACGACGCGCGUUUUUCUCAGCGAGGACGCCGGGACACCGAGAUUCACGGGGAUAAAAAGAGUGACUGUUUCCCCCCGUUACACCCCCCCUCAAAACUGUCAUAAAUAUCGAUGGUAAGUUUGUGAAAAGAAAAGCGGCCGUGAAUCGCCACAGAACAGCGCGCAGGACUGAAGAGGAGAAAGUUCCCCACUUGAGGGCGAAAUCAGACUUUUUUGAGGACGCCAAGUUUGAAAAGUGCCAGGAGACCCGAGGUCUGUCAGAUACAACAUGCAGCAAUGUUGUAAAACAGGAGAAAUCAGGUCCACCAGCAGGCAGGACUCCGAGGUCCACAGCAGCCUCUGCUGAGCUUCAGCAGGUGUGCCAGCUUCUGUGGAACCUGCAGGGCCUCUCAGACAGAGUAAACUGAUCAACCGGGAGUUCACUGGUCCAAGGAGGCAGAGUUGGAUGUGAGAGGCAGUGAGUGUGACACAGUCCCACCAGAGCCCAGCAGAGACCCGGAGCCGCCCAGGCCACCUCCAGCUAAGGCUAACGGAGCCACCGGCACAGCUGGCGUUUGCACGAGCAUCACCUCCAGUAGCCACAGUAGCAGCAUCAGCAGCAGCAGCAGCAGCAGAAGUGGUCUGGGUGGCAUUAGCAUCGUUAGCAGCAGCGCUGAGGGAGCAGGCGAAAGCUCCAUGCAGUUCAGCACCAGACCGCCUAGUGCUGAGCAGCCGGGCUUCAUGGGGACAUGGCAGCAGCAGAGCACUGACAGCAACCUCCUCUACAGAAUGUCCCAGCAGGGUGCUGUAACGCGUCUUCCUUUGAAGUGCGACAGGUCGACUAUGGGCCGAGACCUGGAAGAGGCCAUUCGCUGCACACUGGUGAACUGCACAUGUGAGUGUUUCCAGCCGGGGAAGAUUCACCUAAGAACAUGUGACCAGUGCAAACAUGGCUGGGUGGCUCAUGCUCUGGACAAGCUCAGCACCCAGCACCUCUACCACCCGACCCAGGUGGAGAUCGUUCAGUCCAAUGUGGUGUUUGACAUCAGCAGCCUGAUGCUGUACGGCACCCAGGCCGUACCCGUCAGGCUCAAGAUCCUUCUCGACCGCCUUUUCUCCGUGCUCAAGCAGGAAGAGGUUCUGCACAUCCUGCACGGCCUGGGCUGGACCCUCCGAGACUACGUCAGGGGCUACAUACUGCAGGAUGCUGCAGGCAAGGUGCUGGACCGCUGGACCAUCAUGUCCCGAGAAGAGGAGAUCAUCACCCUGCAGCAAUUCCUGCGCUUUGGUGAGACCAAGUCCAUUGUGGAGCUGAUGGCCAUUCAGGAGAAGGAAGGUCAGGCAGUUACAGUUCCCUCUUCCAAGACAGACUCCGGGAUUAGGACAUUCAUUGAGAGUAACAACAGGACCCGCAGCCCGGGGCUCCUGACACAUCUGGAAAACAGCAGCCCAUCCAGCAUUCACCAUUUUGAGAAUAUCCCCAACAGCUUAGCCUUCCUCCUGCCUUUCCAGUACAUUAACCCAGUCUCUGCCCCCAUGCUUGGCUUGCCCCCCAAUGGCCUCCCUAUGGAGCAGUCUGCUCUCAGGCUCCGGGAGCCCAGUCUGCCAAACCAAGGAGAACAGGUGGAAACCAGUGAAUCAGAAGUGUCCCUAUCACCCUUCCGCACAGGUCAGAGCCCUAGUCGUGGAGCACUGGGAAGCAUGAACAACACUGAACCCAAGCAGGAACCCAACAACAGGGCGUCACCCAUCUCGCCAACCCCUUCCACCCAGCAGGCUCAACAGCAGCAACAGCAGACACAGCUUCAGCAGCAACAGCAGCAGGGCCAACAGCAGUCUCAAAAUCAACCUCAGCAACCGAACAGCUUGAGUGACCACCAGGUCCACCACCACUUUGUAAAGGAUGAACAGUCGAAAACCAUUACCCAUCCUUCCUUUUCCUCCAAAAUGCAUCGCAUGCGUCGCAUGGGAGCCACCUCACGGAAGGGUCGUGUGUGUUGCAACUCUUGUGGAAAAACCUUUUAUGAUAAAGGCACACUUAAGAUACAUUAUAAUGCUGUACAUCUGAAGAUUAAACAUCGUUGCACCAUUGAAGGUUGCAAUAUGGUCUUCAGCUCACUACGAAGCCGCAACCGCCACAGUGCCAAUCCCAAUCCACGGUUGCACAUGCCCAUGCUGCGCAAUAACCGCGACAAGGACCUCAUCCGGGCCAAUUCAACCCCUGGUACACCUGUCAUCUCGAGCACAAAGAAUGGUGGCUUUACUCUCACCAGCCCUGGAAGGCCGCCACUGGGCUUCACUACUCCACCAGUAGACCCUAUGCUUCAGUCUCCGCUGCAAAGUCCACUGGUAUUCCCCUCCCUGAAGUCAGUGCAGCCAGUCCAGCCAGUGCCCCCCUUCUACCGAACAUUACUGUCCCCUGCGGACCUCGUCAGUCCUCCUGUGUCACUGCCCACCAGUCCUAUCAUGCCCUCCACCACCAACAGCACCACCCUGAUGGACCAGCAACAGCAGAUCCUGGCUGCUGCAGCUGUGGCUUCACACAAUAAUGUUCAUUUGUCAGAGACAGGGCACAUGUCCCACCGCUUACCUACACCUAGUGCCAACCAGGACCUCAACACUGGCAGCAGUGACCCCACUCCCAAAAAGAAGCCUCGUAAAUCUAGCAUGCCAGUUAAGAUUGAGAAGGAAGUGAUUGACGUAGCAGAUGAAUUUGAAGACAAAGAUGAGGACGACGAUGAUAAUAUCCACCAUAAUCACCACCAUCACCAAUCGUCUCUCCUGCACAACGUCAAAAUUAAUGGAAACUGUAACAGCAACAACAAUAGUGGUAGUGGUGGCAGAAACCACAGUGGUGGUAGUGGGCAGCAAUCCCCUUCCCAGGACGAGAUGAGCCCUGGCUUUGCUCUGAGAGGAAUGAUGAGACAGAGUGAAGAUGAAUGCCGGGAAGGGACUGGUAGUGACAGCAGAGGUGGAGCCUCUGAGCUCCGAUGUAUGGACAGCUUUACCUCAGAGGAUCAGGACCAUGAGAGAGACUUUGAGAAUGAGUCUGAAACCUCUGAUUCCAAGAUGUUCUACCGAGAUGAACUGAUGGAUGUGGAGGAACACCAAAAACACAGCAGGAGGAGUCUGGACAAGGAACAAGACAAUGAGGGUAGUGAGGAAGCUCAUUUGAGAAAGGAAAUGGAAGGAAAAGGUCAUUCCUCACCCUCCCAUCACCAGCCCCCAAUCAAGAUCAAGGAAGAACUCAAUGAUCCAACGUACGACAUGUUCUGUAUGGGCCAGUAUGGCCUAUACAAUGGAGGAAUGGCAGCAGCUGCUGCUGCUGCUGCGAGCAUGGCUGCUCUGCAUGAGAGCUUCAUCUCUUCAAUGGGCUAUGGUGCCAGCCCACCCAAAUUUCCUUCUUCUCAAUCACCAGAGGGAGAUCCAUGUUCCAGUCCUGACCCCAAGAUCUGCUAUGUUUGUAAGAAGAGCUUCAAGAGCUCCUAUAGCAUGAAACUACACUACAAGAAUGUGCACCUCAAAGAGAUGCAUGUGUGCACUGUGGCUGGCUGCAAUGCCGCUUUCCCUUCCCGGCGGAGCCGAGACAGGCACAGCUCCAACAUCAACCUGCACCGCAAACUGCUGACCAAAGAGCUGGACGACAUUGUCCUGGACCCCCAACUCACGCCACUGCCCAAGGACCUGCGAGCCGAGAUACUGGCCAAGAUCUACGCGGGGCACCACAUGGGCUUGGACCCUAUGGCCGGGAUGGGCAUCGGAGGCACCAACCUCGGGCCCGUCGGCCUGAACCACAAUGCCCAUUCCCCCAUGAGCAACGAGUAUCCCCACCAUCCUCUCAACCAACACCUUAAAAACUACCACACCAACGGCUUCUCCCGGGGCCAGCCAGACGACUAUAUGGUGUUGGACCUGAGCACCACAUCCAGUGUCCAAUCCAGCAGCAGUGUCCACUCCUCACAUGAGUCAGAUGAGGGCAGCGAUGAAGGCAUCCUGUUGGAUGACCUGGAGGAGGAGGGAGAGGAGGAGGAGGAGGAGGGCAACAGCGAGGGAGAGGACUACUCCCAGCGUGCCGAGGGGCAGGCUGAGGGGGGACAUCGGGAUGAGACUGGAGAACUAAAAGGAGGACGAGGUGAGGGGUCAGACCCUUCCUCCUCACCGUUCCUCCUGUCGUCCACUGGGGGCAGUAAUGGCAGCAGCAGUGGGAUCCUCUGUAACAUCUGCCACAAAAUGUACAGCAACAAAGGGACCCUGCGUGUGCACUACAAGACUGUGCACCUGCGAGAGCUGCACAAGUGCAAAAUCCCCGGCUGCAACAUGGUGUUCAGCUCUGUGCGCAGCCGUAACCGACACUCUCAAAACCCCAACCUCCAUAAAAACAUGCCCUUCUCUACAAUAAUAGACUAAAGAAUGACUUACUACUCUGCCCUCCUGUCAGUCUGCCGCUCCUCCCUUCAUUCCUCAUUCUUAUUCCUCCUCAAAUUAGCUUUUAAUCCCAGCCCAAGGCCAUCAAAUACAAGCUAAAUGCCUGUAUGUCUCCUGCCCAUCCUCUGUAAGUCAUUGCAAGACAUUUCAAUCUCCAUCUAUGAAAUUAAUUGACUCUAAAUACAGUUUAUUAUUUUGUCCUUUGACUUUUCCUUCUUUGGAAGAACAGGAUGACACUCUUCAGGCUGGAGUUUGCUUUAUAACAAAACUCCAGUUGUUUCUUUUUUUCAUAAGCUCCUCCAUCUUUUCCUUUCUAACUUCUCCCCACUUUGUGUUUAUGUCCAUCUCCAAAGAAUUCAUUCAAACUCUUAUUUGUGACUUUGCCUGCAGAAACGAUAUUAUUGAAAAAAAAAAAGAAAAUCUUCUUGUUGUACUUGUGUAAUGAUAGCUUUUAAAUGAACCCCUUACAAAAGCAUGACAGCUUCAUUUGUAAAUAAUGUCCCAAGAGGCUUUUGGUGUAAAAGAGUUGUGUUGAUGGUUGUUUGCUUCUUUUUUCUCUCUUUAUGGUUUUAUGUUACAGUCCAGUACAAUACUUCCAGCUAUAGGCAAGAAAGAGGUAGCAUCUUACUAGCUUGACUCAUUUUUGUUAGCUUCAAAGACACGUUUUAAACUGAGUCCUAGGGGAAAAAAAAAAAGAAUAUCAUGUGACUUGUUUUAUCUACUUGUUAGAUAUUCAGAGGUUGCCGGCAUGCUUUUUUAGGCUCCUACACUGAUAUCAUUCUCUGUAUUUCUAUUGAUUUUUUGUCUGUUAUGUUUAUGAGCUUUAGUAUACCAAUUCAGUUUUUGCACUUUGCAUCUAUACAAGGGGAUGUGUAAUAUUAUUAUAAUGAGGAUUUUUUUUUGCAACGGUGCGUUUAGGUGUUGUUUGGGGUCAUUGAUGGCUACAGCACCAAGGGAAGUGACAGUACCUUCAAUAGACUUGUGCCAGUUUCUUUUUGCACGUGCUCAGUUUCAAACAGUUUCACGACAGAAAACAUCUCGCCUCCCAGAACAAAACUGAGAUCUUCCCCCAUUGCUAAACAAAAAGUGUUCAGAAAGUGUCCCCAAAGUGUCAUGCUUUAAAACAAACCCAGGUCUGACUAAAUAUGAACUGCUGUUUCACAAACACAGAAGAGUUAAUAUUGAUGAAGUCCCCCCUCCUCUUUUUGCUUCAGGAGUAUUUUGUGUAUGUUUGUUCUAAUCACAACAACUUCUUCAGAGGUUUAGUCAGUUUAAUCUGUCUAAAGCAUGCAUUUAUUUUGUCGAACAAAGUUAUCAAUGCAAAAACUGGUGUUUGUUGUCACGAAAGGCAUCUUAAUGAAAUAUGAUCUUCCCACAGAGAAAAAAGAUUAAACUAGUCUGUGACCAAAAUAUAAGUGUUUGCUUGAGAAAAGCUCUUUCAGUGUGACAUUGUACUUAAAUCAAGCCCCGUUGGAUUAAUAUGAUGCACUUGAGUCUUAAAACUUUUGCUGUGAUAUUUUGCAUAUUGGUUUCCAUUGCUGAGUGUCAGUUUCAAAUAUACUCUAUGAAAAAUGUCGCCAUUUUUCUGGCUGUUGGUUGCAGCGAUUUUUAACAUGUCCAUAACUGUCUUACGGUACAAAUAUUUCCAGUAAUUGAGCAAAGUAGCCGAGGGAAGGGGUAUUUAUUAGUGGGUGAUGUAUCUUCAUGGAGUUUUUUUUUUUUUUCCAGUAUCAGAAUUUUUUUUGUAAAAAGAAAAAAAAAUAGAGAUUGGUUCUCAGUUUGACUUUUUUCUCAAUGUAUUAGCAAUGCCAUGUGUUACUAUACAAGGAGAUCUUCUCUUACUUGACUGGUGCUACACACAGUGUGGGAAAAUAUGCAGUGUUAUGUGGUGUGCUGUACAGUAUUCACAACACCUUACAUCCAUAACAGUGUUGAGUUCCACUUAUUUCACACUUAAGCCAUUUUGCAAUACAGACAUGACCUAUUCUAUUGAAAUAUUUCAUGUCUUUUUUAAGACUCCACCUAUAUGACACACGCAGUUUUUAGUUCUCUCUUCUCAGAGAUAAAGAGGGCGAGACAGAGCUGAGGCUGAUGGAAAGGUUGCGGAGGUGGAAGGCUGACUAGGGAGGAAAGGAUGACAGCAACGAUCAUUAAAAAUGUGCUUCUUCUCUGCUACCUGGAGGCGUCCCGCCAUUCCAGCUUCUUCUGUCUAAUAACUCACUUGUCACUUCGUUCCACUGCCAGACGCCAGGGCUGCUGACAAGACUGUGACACUGACAGAAGGAGAAAAAGAGGGAAAGCGAGUGUGCGCUCUGAACAAUUUAAUUUGACUCAUUCAAUUAAGUUGAAUUCAGUUCAUCUAUUCAUUUUCUAUGUGCGCUUCUUAUUCGGCGUCUCUGGUAAUUCAGUUCAACUCCUUUUCUCUUACUUCUCUGUUUUUCUCUUUGUCUGUCAGAGUGCAGUCAUUUAACAACCGCCUUACCCAUUUCUUCAACCCGCCACUCACUUACCACCUCCACACGCCACAGCGCAGAUCCUACAGGGACACACACUAAUAGUGUAUGCUUAAGUUCACUGGACGGCCAUGGCAUAGGAAAAAGGGAUGGGUAAUUGCCUGUUUAUCCCAAGUGAAGGGAAAAUUGAGUACAGGAGCCCCUGCCUUCUCCCAGGAGUGGGUUUCACUGAGGCGCUUGCUGCCUCAUUCACUCAUUCAAUCCCCCCGGCCCUCGCUCUGGCAGAAAUAAAAAAGUGCUACUCCAGGAACCCUGCUGACAGCUGUCUCUCUAACACACAAUCAUGCAAACACACAUGCACACAGAGAAGAGUGGCACACACUCAGAGGGAUGACAAGGCCUAGAUGACUUGUUAACCUCUAGUCAUGGAGAAGACAGGGGCAGAGAAAAUAUUCUCAGCACAGGAAAUGAAACUGUUUUUAGUAUUAACACGUAGCUGCAUCCACUACAUAGAAAGCACGCAUUCCAUUGUAAAAAAUGGUGCGAGCUAUAAUUAAAUAAGGAAAGCUCUUAUUAUUACUACUUUAUUCUAAAAAUUGUUCAGCAGUUAAUGAUUUGAGACUUUCUAGCUUAGGAGGCCAGUGAUUAAAUGAAGAAAAUCUAUUAAAAAGGUCAACAAGCUCACAGAUUGAUUUGAACUCUCUAGAAUGAAGAGAGCUGCAUGUACCAAAAAUAUCAAAACUUAUCUUAAUGUAAGUGUGCUCUGGCCAAUAACCUCAGUUGCAAUGCGAAGUUUUCAGACUUGUUUUUUUUUCCAACCAACACAUUCCUUAUGUUCUGUUCUUUACUGUCCAUUUCUCAAGUAGCAGCUGCAGAGCAUGACCUGUCUUGUGUACUUACGUGUUCCAGACAGAAAACUGAAUAUCAUAGAAGAGGUACCCUUAAAACACCUUUCUACUACCUCCCUUCAGGCUCUCUCAGAGUCCUGGUGGUUCUGGUCAUGCCAGAAGAGCACAGAGCUGCGAGAGGCUGGAAACAUAGCUGAAAAAACAUGCAAAUGACUGUCCAUAACUAGGGAGACAGCCGAGAGAGACGGGAAAAGGGAGGAAUGGGGUAAAGGGAUUGGGUUUAGAACGCGGUCUGGCCACAGCCUUGCAGCAGUCACUUAACAAUGCAGGGGAAAAGAGAGGAACUGAGGCUGAGGAGAGAGUGAGAAAGCAGCAGAGCUAGGACUCCCCAGGACUUAUCCCCAGCUUUUUCUUGAUUGCCUGUUGGAGAGCGAUCGAGCCACCCCUCACAUUUCCACCCCUCUCCUCUGGACUCUUUUCUCCUCUGAGAAAUGACCACCGAUUUUCCCUCUCUUCUGAGCACGCCUCCAGUCUACGUACUCCUUAAUUCUCCAGCCAUAUGGGUCCAGGGGCACUGUGCUACCUAGUGACCGUGCAUGUCGCUUAGAGCACCUCACUGGCCCAGACCACUGGAGUGAAUCUUAAAUAUUUGAUUAGACCAGCGUCAGCCAUCAAUUAUUCUGCAAUCCUGCAUAGCACACUGAGGGAGAAAGGGAAGGCAAACGGCUGAAACGCCUGACCUGUUAAUCGCUGUCCAUUUUGUUCAUGUCACAGAGUGAGUGAGUGAGGUGUAAGCAGAGAGGAUGAGAGGUGACACUGCAUGCAAACUGUCCACUUAAUGUAGCUCAUGGAACAAAGUGAGGUGAAAAUGUUUGAUGAGACGUCAUUAGAAAUAUGCAGAUAGACGAAAAAUACACACACGUGGGUUUGUAUAGAUGCUUCAGUCACGAGUCUUACGUUCGAAAAAGAAUGCCCUCAUUAAUUUGAACUGGAACCUGUGAAAUGUCAAUGAUCCUGAAAAAAAAAAUGCUGUAAAUUCAUAAAAUGUUUUCCAUUGUAUUUUCAAAUAUAUUUUACAGUCUUAAAGUAUAAAUAGCUUGAAGAGCUGGUAAAUUUAGAUUUUUAUUUUCACUUGUGUUUUUUGUGUAUUCGAUGCAUUUGUGUCUGUGUCUUAAAAAGCCCGUGUUACGUCACUGGCACUCGACAGCGUUGCAUGGCUACAUAGUCGCACUGCAAAGAACAAACAGAGCAAAGGAGCUUGCGUCACUUUGGUGUCAAAAUGGUGAUUUGGAAGCCUCAUGAAUACUGUAUGUUACCUAAAGAGGUAUUCCCCAUUUGCAGACAGAAGGAAAAAAAUGAUCCUUUUUAAGAGACUCUUUUUUUCCCCUUUCUUUUUCCCCUUUCUUGUAUUUGUUUCUGUAUCAUAACUGUCUAUGGUUUUUGCAUAAAAUGCAUAAGGGUUUUGGGAUGUAAAUGGAAUUUUAUUCAUAUUUUGUCCAAAUACCUCUUGUAAUUUGUAUCAGAAUUCUUGUACAAUUUUUAUAUUAAAGAUUUAUCAGUCA